AGAAAGAAAAUAUUUUCCGUGUCCCCGCCUGCAGAGUCAGUGUGCGGUUUGGGAGAAAAUGUGUCGGAUAUUUUGGGGCGGUCACGUGGGCGGGCGGGCUCCGAGAGGCCCCGGGACAGUCCCAGCCUAGAGCCCGUGCACCCCCCUCCAAGAGCCCCCCAUUACGGCGAGCCUCUGACACUGCGACGCUCCAGCCUCACGACCGCCGGACGUCGGGACCUCGGGGCUCCGCGGCCUCCCUUCCUCCUCCUCCCUUCUCCACCAGGACUCUUGGAGAUCCAGUGGGCAGGCCAGAAAGGGCGGGCACGGAGCCUCCCAGGCCAGGGCAUCAAUGGGCAUGGGCAGGGGCUGUGGCUGAAGACCUCACCAGCCCACUGCAGACCCAGACCCCUGAGGAUUCAGCCUCCCACACCGCGGCUGCCAUGGCCACCAAUAAGGAGCGACUCUUUGCGGCUGGUGCCCUAGGGCCUGGAUCUGGCUACCCAGGGGCUGGCUUCCCCUUCGCCUUCCCAGGGGCACUCAGGGGUUCUCCACCUUUUGAGAUGCUGAGCCCUAGCUUCCGAGGCCUGGGCCAGCCUGACCUCCCCAAGGAGAUGGCCUCUCUGUCGGUGGAGACACAGAGCACUAGCUCGGAGGAGAUGGUGCCCAGCUCGCCCUCGCCCCCACCACCUCCUCGGGUCUACAAGCCGUGCUUCGUGUGCAAUGACAAGUCCUCUGGCUACCACUAUGGGGUCAGCUCUUGUGAAGGCUGCAAGGGCUUCUUCCGACGCAGUAUCCAGAAGAACAUGGUGUACACAUGUCAUCGUGACAAAAACUGUAUCAUCAACAAGGUGACCCGGAAUCGCUGCCAGUACUGCCGGCUACAGAAGUGCUUUGAAGUGGGCAUGUCCAAGGAAGCUGUGCGGAAUGACCGGAACAAGAAGAAGAAAGAGGUGAAGGAAGAAGGGUCACUUGACAGCUAUGAGCUGAGCCCCCAGUUAGAAGAGCUCAUUACCAAGGUCAGCAAAGCCCAUCAGGAGACCUUCCCUUCGCUCUGCCAGCUGGGCAAAUACACCACGAACUCUAGUGCAGACCACCGGGUGCAGCUGGAUCUGGGGCUGUGGGACAAGUUCAGUGAACUGGCCACCAAGUGCAUCAUCAAGAUCGUGGAGUUUGCCAAGCGGUUGCCCGGCUUUACCGGGCUCAGCAUUGCUGACCAGAUCACUCUGCUCAAAGCUGCCUGCCUGGACAUCCUGAUGCUGCGGAUCUGCACAAGGUACACCCCAGAACAGGACACCAUGACCUUCUCCGACGGGCUGACCCUGAACCGGACACAGAUGCACAACGCCGGCUUUGGGCCCCUCACAGACCUUGUCUUCGCCUUUGCUGGGCAGCUCCUGCCACUGGAGAUGGAUGACACAGAGACGGGGCUGCUCAGUGCCAUCUGCCUCAUCUGCGGAGACCGCAUGGACCUGGAGGAACCUGAAAAAGUGGACAAGCUGCAGGAGCCACUGCUGGAAGCCCUGAGGCUAUAUGCUCGGCGGCGGCGGCCCAGCCAGCCCUAUAUGUUCCCAAGGAUGCUCAUGAAGAUCACUGACCUCCGGGGCAUCAGCACCAAGGGAGCAGAGAGGAUGGAGAUUCCAGGCCCGAUGCCUCCCCUGAUCCGAGAGAUGCUGGAGAACCCUGAAAUGUUUGAGGACGACUCCUCGCAGACUGGUCCCCACCCUAAGGCCCCUAGCGAGGAUGAGGUUCCUGGGGGUCAGGGAAAAGGGGGCCGAAGCCCCCAGCCUGACCAGGGCCCCUGA